AUGUGGUCUCCGGCGGUCCCGUCUCCGUACGCGGGCGCAAUGCAGCAGCAGGCUGCGCAGGUCACGCCGCAGGCCUACAUGGGGGGUGCGGCGGCCGACUCAAGUCCGUACAUGCAGGCGCAGGGCGCGUACGACGCGCAGGGCCAGGCGAGCUACAGCCAGCACGCGAUGUACUCCCACGCGUCCCAGGCCUCGCAGGGCGCCCCCGCCGAGUACCUGCAGACGCCCUCGGCGCAAGCCGCCUACAGCCACGCGGCCGCGAGUCCCUACGCGCAGCAGGGGCAAGCCGGCGGCUUUGCGCAGCAGCAGGUCCUGGCGUACGGCCAGCAGCAGGCCGGAGGCGCGCUCUACGCGGCUCAGCCGACUGCCGUCGACUACGCGCAGCAGCAGUACCACGCGGCCGCGCAGGGCGCGCAGAUGGUAUACGGCUCGCCCGCCUCCGCGGCCUACGGGGACGGCGUGACGGGCUACUACGCACAGCAGACGGGGGGGGGCGCCUACGCCCAGCGCGCCUGCGGAUACUCCGCAGAGCAAGCUGCAUACGGCUUGCCGCCGCCCGUGCGACCGCCCGCAGAUCCUGAACUCGUGAAACGCAUCCACACAAUCGCCGAGUACUGCUGCAGAAAUCCCGAGAUGGAGGCGCUUGUGCGCCAGCGCGACGGCGCAGAUCCGCGUUUCGCGUUCAUCAACGGCGGCGAGGGCUACGACUACUUUCGUUUCGCGGUCGCUUGCCUGCAGCAGGGCCUGGAUCCCGCUGAGCAGGCAAGACAGGCUGCCGAUCCGAGCCUCGGGAUGGCGGGCAUGCCAGGCCUGGGUGGCGGACAAGCGCAGGACAACGGGCACAUGGCGCGAGAGUUUGACAUCGAUUCCCUCAUCAUGCAGUACCAAGAGCCCCCGGAGCCCGCGCCGCUGUCGGAGGCCCUCGCGAAGGAGCUAGAUGACGUCGUGUUAUCGAUGGAGAAGCAGGCGACAUCGACGGCGAUUCGCAACGGGCGCCACUGGAUCGAAGUGAACGGCGGCGGAAGCGACGAGGCGGCGAGCAGCCUCGCAGCAGCCAUUCGCAAGAGACAAGCGGCCCUCGGCGUCUUCGCGCACAAGCUGAACGUCCUCUACCUCGUUCACGACGUGGCUCAGAACGAGUUCGUUCACAAGAAGUCCAGCGCGCUGCUAAGUGCCUUUAAGCCAUACCUCGUCUGGAUGCUCCGCGACGCCUACCAAGCCGCCGCGCGAGACCAGGGCCCCACGGACAAGGUGGAGAAGAUUUUGACUCUCUGGGUCAAGCGCGGCAUCAUCGACGAGGACGAGCAGGAGGAAAUGAGUUUUUUGAUGACUUCCCCGGAUCUGGGGAGGUAUUUGGGCGGCACGUCGAGCGACAUCGUCGACAGAGGUUCCUUCGCAACGCCGCCGCCGCCGCCUCCGCCGGAUGACCCGGUGCAGGGGCAUCACGCGCGACACACGUACAUGCAGCCAGGCGUCUCGCCUGUCGGCUACCACGGUGAGUUCGCGCGACACCACGAGGGCAGCCCCACGCCGCCGCCGCCGCCGCCGCGGUCGGGUCCGGCGCGCGGGUCGCCCGGCGGAGGGUUCGAUUGCCGCCCAGAUGACCUCGGCAGCACGCCAGAAAGCAUUCCUGUUGGCAUGAUGGCUACCAUGCUGCGCAGCAUGAGCAAGCGAGCGAAGAACAUGCAGACGGCGUUCGUCCCUUAUCGCGCUCUAGACCCCUUAACGACGCCUCAGCAGCUUCCGCCGCCGGAGCCUCCUUCGGAUUACCUCUUGGAUCGGAUUCGCGAUUUUUAUGAGGACUUGGAAGAAGUCGAGGAAAAACUUCGGCGGCGCGAGCGAGGACGGUCGCGCUCAAACUCUCGCGGAUCUCGAGAAGACGGGAAAAAAUCGCGUUCAGGAAGCCGCUCUCGCAGCUCCAGGCGCAGCGGCUCGCGCAGUCCGUCGCCCUCUGCGUGCCUCGACAACCGCUUGCGAGAGCGUGACCGCGAGCGGCGCAUGCGCGAAGUCGAUAAGCGCGGCGCGACCUUUGAGAAAACGUCUUCGUGGGUCAACGCGGAGAUGGGUGUCGGCGACGACGGCUCUUUCUCAGGGCAUCCAGGGCUCCGCGGCGCGCGUCUGGGGCUGGGCGCUGCGGCAGAAGUCGAGGAGAGGAAGGAGCAGAAACAGCAGCCGCCCGCGACCGACGAUCCCUUCGAAAUGUUCAGGCGCCAGAGAGCUGGAAAGUACCACGACAUCAUUGCGAGCAACAAAGCAGCGGCUCGGCUGGAGCAGCAGGCGCAGCGCUUCGCCGACAAAAACUGCUACCUCUGCGGCAAGGUCGGUCACAUUGCGCGCGACUGCCCCACAAAGACCUCUCGGUGA